AUGUUCCUGCUUAAUUAUUUGGUUGAUAUUAAACUCUAUUUCUUUCAUUCUCUUUGUUCGUCCGUUUUAUUCUUUAUUUUUCUUCAGUCUUUCUUUUUUGAUUUUUAUAUCGUCUUCCAUGUGCCUUUUUCCUUCUUUUAUUCCCUUUUUCUUUUGUCUUCACUAUUACAUUUUUCCAUCGUCUUCCUUGUGUGCAUUUUCCUUCUCUUUCUUAUUCCCCUUUUUUUUUCGUUUGUUUUCAUUCCUACAUUUUUCUCUCGUCUUCCAUUUCUGUGUUUUCCUUCUCGUUCUUCAUCUUUUUCUUCAUUUGUCUUCAUUCUUACAUUUUUCUUUCGUCUUCUUACUAAUUUCCUUCAGCUUUUAUUUUUCAGUCGACUUUCUUUUUGUCUUCGUUCUUUUUCUACUUUCUCCUCUUUCUUUCUCUUUGUAUUCAUUCCUCUUUUUUUUCACUGUCUUUUCUUUUCAUUAAUUUCCCCUGUUUCUUUUUUUAUUUAUAUUUUUCUCUUUUUUCUUCAUUUUUUUUUUUUUCUUCUUUCAUUUUUCAUUAUUUUUCUUUCUUUUCAUUGUUUUUCUUUUUUUUCUUCUUUCUUUUCUUUGUCUUUCAUCUCUGUCUUUGGUAACAUUCUUUUAACUUUUAUCUCCUUCUUUUCUUUUCUUUUCUUUCUUUCUUUCUUUCUUCUUCUUCAUUUUCUUGUUCUUAUUCUUUCUGUCUUCGCCAUUCUUCAUUUUUUUUUUUUUUCUUCUUCGUUUUUUUUCUUUCUUUUUAUAAUGUUAUACUCGGUUGGUUCUGCUUUUCUUCGUAUUUCCGCUUUUGUUUCUUUUUUUCACUUUCCUUUUUCUUUCUCUUCGCUUCGUAACUUAAUAAUCCCGUUUUCCUUUAAUUUGCUAUCGAAAUCCCUUCACUUCUUCUUCUCCGUUAAUUGUAACUCAAUCCCUUCUUUCUCUCCUUCAAACACUUCCUCCUCCUCUAGGCUGAUGUUUAGCGCCCCCCGCUUUCGUUUUCUUUCACAUCUCUUUUUCGAUCUCUUCUUCUUCCUCUAUCAUAUCAUUGGCCCUCCUCUUCCUCACUCAGUCAAAAGUAUGUUCAUAUCUAUCUAUAUAUUUAUCUAUCUAUCUAUCUCAUUCUGUUCAUAUCUAUCUAUCUAUCUAUCUAUCUAUCUAUCUAUCUAUAUAUCUCAGUCUAUCCAUAUCUAUCUAUCUAUCUAUCUUUUUCAUUCUGUACAUAUCUAUCUAUCUAUCUACCUAUCUAUCUAUCUCAUUCUGUUCAUGUCUAUUUCUUCUGUUCAUAUCUAUCUAUCUAUUUAUCUAUCUAUUUCAUUCUGUUCAUAUCUAUCUAUCUAUCUAUCUAUCUAUCUAUCUCCAUCUGUUCAUAUCUAUCUAUCCAUUCAAUUCUCACGCUUCAUCCUUUUAAUUUGA